ACUCCAUCUCCUUUAUACAAGAGUUUACUGCACCACCAUGUCUGCAGCUAGAUUACUAGCUCUUGAUGAUGCUGAUCAUCCAUCUCACGAACACAUGAUAGAGAUUAAAGAGCUACUUAAGAUGUUGGCUGAAUCUCAAGCUAAAUUGGCGGAAGCUCAAGCUAAACAAGCGGAAUUUCAAGUUGGCCAAGCAAAAUCUCAAGCUAAAUUAGCCGAAACACAAGCAAAUACUCAGCAACAAAUCAUAGGGAUUUUAAGUCGAAGCACUAAUGGUAACGCGCGUAGUAAUAAUCAUAAACAGCAAGUAGAAGAAGAAUAUGCUUCCAACAAUGCUAAAGAAGAGAUCACACAUGAUCUUGACGGUAAUGAUGAUGAAUCGCCAUCUGAAAAUCAAUUGAAGGGUGGUUACCAGGCAAAAUUUGUAUUUGGAAAACACGACCUCCUAGUGGAAGCACUAAGGGAAGAUGACUUGCAAAAGGCUUCUGAUUAUCUUGUGAACAAUCCUGAAGCGAUCAAUGAAGCAAUCUCGGAAGAGUUACAUACAAUAUUGCAUAAGGCUGUAGAUUGGAACAUCAAGAUGACGUUCAUAGAGGAAAUUGUGAAAUCCAUGACCCCAGACAUACUUGAAUAUAAAACAACUUCUAACUAUGGUGGUGAUAAUGCUGUUCAUAUUGCUGCCUUUCGUGGAUACACUGAAGCUGUUGUGACUAUGGUAAGUAAGAACUCUAAGUUGGCUCAAAUACGUAAUGACGAUGGAUUUACACCACUAGAAAUUGCUCUUCUUUACGUUACACCUGGACAAAAGGCCAUGGUCGAGUACCUUUACUCAGUUAUAAAAGACGUGGAACCUAGUCCGUUCUUGGGUAGUCAUGGUGCUAAGUUACUAUGCUACGCAAUUGAUGCUGGUUUCUAUGAUAUGGCAUUAUGUCUUGUCAAAGGGUUUCCAGAAUUGAUUACAGAGAAAUCCGUAUGUCACAAAAUGUGUGGACUAGAGUUGCUGGUUCGAAAGCAGCUAGCAUUUCCAAGUGGAUCUAAGCUAACAUGGUUGCAGAACCUCGUUUAUUCACUAAUUCAAGUGGAGAUGGAUUCAAAAUAUGUCCUACCCGUCGAACCAAAUACUUGCUGGUCUACGGAUUUCACCAACACAGAUGAAGAGAAACCUCCAGUAAGUUCAAAACGCAACAAAGCAGAUGAGUGCUAUACAGUCUUCUCAACUACAAGUAACGGAAUCCUAAUGCCUUACUUAGCACGAGCGCCUUAUAUCAUGAAUGUAUACAAACAAAAGUUGAUGCACGAACAAGCAAUUGCAUUGCUUAAACAAAUGUUAGUCGGACUCAAGAAUGCAAAAAAAUUAAAUGCUACGAUAGCAGCUUUUUUUAAAGAAAAUCCCGACAUCAUAAAGGAAGCCAUGAAGCUUGGAGCCACAGAAUUUGUAAUGGAGUUUCUUGAGCGGUUUGGUUUCCUAAUUUGGCAUGACAUCCCAGAUCAGAAAAUGAUACAAAUGGCUAUUGCAGAAAAAAAUGUAAACAUGGUGAAUUUAUUAUGUGACUGUGGUGAUGCUGAAUUUGAAGAUAAAAUCACUUUGCUCUCUGUUAUAGACAAAAACGACAACACCAUCUUGCAUCACGCUGCCAAGUUAGUGCCUUAUGCGAAACUCAAUUCGGUUUCAUGUGUAGCUCUUCAAAUCCAACGAGAAUUACAGUGGUUUAAGGGAGUACAAAAUAUGUUAACGAUUAAUUAUAAGGCUAGGAAAAAUAAAGAAGGAUACACAGCUCAAAGUAUAUUUACAAAAGAACAUAGAGAGUUGGUGAAGGAAGGAGAGAAAUGGAUGAAGGAUACAUCUGGAUCCUGCAUGCUAGUUGCUGCCCUCAUUGCUACCGUAGCAUUUGCCGCUGCUGUUACAGUUCCUGGAGGUAAUAUUAGUGAUUAUAAUAGCUCUAAGAAUGGCACUCCAGUAUUUUUGAGGAAGACCUCGUUUAAGGUGUUCACCGUAGCAGAUGCCUUGGCUUUAUUUUCUUCUAUAACAUCAGUACUCAUGUUCUUAGCUAUAAAUACCUCGCGAUACGCAGAAAUAGAUUUCCUCAAGUCUCUACCAGAAAAAGUGAUCUUAGGUUUUACGACCCUUUUCAUAUCUAUGGCGGCCAUGUUGGUAGCCUUUUGUGCAUCAUUGUUUAUCAUGGUCGGCGACAAAUCACCUCUGAGUCUAAUUCUUAUAGCAUUGUUCGGUUCUGUCCCUGUAACCUUGUUUGUAUGGUUACAAUUGCCAUUGUACUGUGAAAUGGUCCGCUCAACAUACUGGGGUAGCCUCUUUGAACAACACAGAUAUAUCGAUCCUAGAGUAAAGAAGAUAACAACAAAAAGAAAGAGAGUAUAGUAAUGGAUUUUUGUAUUCUUUGUUGGUUGUUUGUUGAAGUCUAAUGCAAGAAUUAUAACUAACCUGUGCCGCAUGCACUUUUACUUGCAAUUAAUUAUAGUUUCCGAAUAGAGUUCACAAAUUUGUUGGCAGACCUGGAAAUGUUAACUUUUGCAUGUCAUAUGAUAAAUUUCAAGCCUGAAAUGCUUUAAUUUAGUUAUUAAACUUUUAUUAGUUGAUCUAAAUUCAACCGUCAUGUGUUUGUUUAUUAAAUUCGUUUUUCUUUUGUUUUUAAUUUAAUUACAAUCUAAUAGAGGCAAAGAGUGCAUAGCCUUACUGAUAGAGAACCUCA